AUGGCUCUGGUGAUGCACCAGAAACGCAAAGGACUCGUCCUGGACAGCAAUGGGCUCUUCCUCUUCUACUCCUUCAUCAUAACGCUGCUCCUCAUCGCUGUCUGGGUGGCCUGGCUCUGGAACGACAAGAUCCUCAGGAAGAAGUACCCCGGCGUCAUCUAUAUCCCCGAGCCCUGGGCGUUUUACACCCUGCACAUGAACAACCUCCACGCAGCAAAGGAAACCAUAGCAGCGGGGUAUUUAUUACAGCCCAGCCACUCCACCCCGGGCUGGAGGACUUUAGCCCUUCAUAGAAUAGAAAAAGUAGCAGCAGACACUUCCAGUCCCAACGAGCAGCGUAAAACACAAGGAGGGCCCCCCAGAAUCAUGGCAAAAUUUCUAUCCCAGGAUCAAAUUAAUGAGUUCAAGGAAUGUUUUUCCCUGUACGACAAGAAACAAAAAGGCAAGAUAAAAGCCUGCGACCUGAUGGCAGUGAUGCGGUGCCUGGGAGCCAGCCCCACGCCAGGAGAGGUGCAGAGGCACCUGCACCUGCACAAGAUCGACAGAAACGCAGAACUGGAUUUCUCCACUUUCCUGAAUAUAAUGUACAGGCAGACGAAGCAGGAGGAGCCCGAGAAGGAAAUCCUCACGGCCUUGUCCAUGAUAGACAGGCAGAAGAGAGGGGUUAUCACCGUUUCGGAGCUGAGAGCCAAACUUACAAGACUAGGAGAAAAGCUUUCGGAAGAAGAAGUUGAUGACCUGCUAAAAGAAGCCAAAGUUGGACCAAAUGGAACGAUAAAAUAUGAAGAAUUUGUCCGGAUCAUUUGUCUUCCUACAGUCGACUACUGAAAUGCAGAACAUGAGAUUGGUAAGAGCAGGACCUGAAACUUUUUCGACUUCCAUUUUUCCUAGUUACCGCUGGGACUCGGGAAGCAUCGUUUUGCCUUUAAAAAUCCUUCUUUUGCCUUGAUGAGAGUGCUUACACCCACACAGGUUCCCACCCCAUUUCUGGAGAAAUACUGUCACAAAAUGUGAGCUCUGUUAUUUCAAUAAACUGAAUACAACAUU